CGGCGGGCGCAGCCGGAGAUCCCGGCCCCGCCGCCCGGCCCCGCUCCCGCUGAGCCCCGCGCGCCCCUCGCCCUGCAGCAUGAGCGGCGGCGGCGGCGGCUCCUCGGCACCCGGCCGCUUCGCCGACUACUUCGUCAUCUGCGGGCUGGACACCGAGACCGGGCUGGAGCCGGACGAGCUCUCCGCUUUAUGCCAGUAUAUACAGGCCUCUAAAACCCGAGAUGGUGGCAGCCGUUUCAUUUCAAGUGCAACAGAAGGGGAAAACUUUGAACAGACUCCAUUAAGACGCACAUUUAAAUCCAAAGUUCUUGCUCGCUAUCCUGAGAAUGUUGAAUGGAACCCUUUUGACCAGGAUGCAGUGGGAAUGCUGUGUAUGCCUAAAGGGCUUGCUUUCAAGACACAAGCAGAUUCCAGAGAACCUCAGUUCCACUCUUUCAUUAUUACUCGUGAAGAUGGCUCGCGGACAUUUGGAUUUUCUCUCACGUUUUUUGAGGAGGUCACUAGCAAACAGAUCUGCAGUGCAAUGCAGACCCUGUAUCACAUGCACAAUGCUGAAUAUGACAUUCUUCAUACCCCUCCCACCAAUGACAAGGAGAGCUGCAGCAGCACUGGGGACUGCAAUGGCACCUCUGUCUCAAAGCUACAGCGGUUUAACUCCUAUGACAUCAGCAGAGACACUCUCUAUGUCUCCAAGUGCAUUUGUCUGAUUACUCCAAUGUCUUUCAUGAAAGCUUGUAAGAAAGUUCUAGAACAGCUUCACCAAGCAGUGACUUCACCUCAGCCACCGCCGCUACCUUUAGAAAGCUACAUCUACAAUAUUCUCUAUGAGGUUCCUCUUCCUCCAGCAGGAAGGUCAUUGAAGUUUUCAGGUGUUUAUGGACCAAUUAUCUGCCAGAGGCCAAGCACCAAUGAACUACCAUUGUUUGAUUUUCCUGUUAAAGAAGUUUUUGAAUUGCUUGGAGUAGAAAAUGUGGUUCAACUCUUUACCUGUGCCCUUUUGGAGUUUCAGAUACUGCUUUAUUCACAGCAUUAUCAGAGGCUGAUGACAGUGGCAGAGACCAUCACAGCACUAAUGUUUCCAUUUCAGUGGCAGCAUGUGUAUGUUCCUAUCCUUCCAGCAUCCCUCCUCCAUUUUCUAGAUGCUCCUGUCCCUUACCUCAUGGGCUUGCACUCUAAUGGACUGGAUGAUAGGUCUAAGCUGGAACUUCCUCAAGAGGCUAACCUGUGCUUUGUGGAUGUAGACAACCAUUUCAUUGAGCUGCCAGAAGAUCUACCCCAGUUUCCAAAUAAACUUGAGUUCAUUCAGGAAAUUUCAGAGAUUCUGAUGGCUUUUGGAAUUCCACCUGAGGGAAACCUGCACUGCAGUGAAAGUGCCUCCAAGAUGAAGAGCCUCAGAGCAUGUGAUCUGGUUUCUGAUAAAAGAAAUGGGAACAUAGCUGGAUCACCUCUGAAUUCCUAUGAGCUGCUAAAGGAAAAUGAGACUAUUGCAAGACUUCAAGCACUUGUUAAAAGAACAGGUGUGAGUCUGGAAAAGCUGGAGGUACGAGAAGAGACCAGUAGCAAAAAGGAUCUUAAAAUUCAGUGUGAUGAAGAAGAAUUCAAGAUUUACCAGUUGAACAUUCAGAUUCGGGAAGUUUUUGCCAACCGCUUCACACAAAUGUUUGCAGAUUAUGAAGUGUUUGUCAUUCAGCCCAGUCAGGACAAGGAAUCCUGGUUUACAAACAGAGAACAGAUGCAAAACUUUGAUAAAGCUUCUUUCUUGUCUGACCAGCCUGAACCUUACUUGCCUUUCCUCUCGAGAUUCCUGGAGACCCAAAUGUUUGCUUCCUUCAUUGACAAUAAGAUUAUGUGCCAUGAUGAAGAUGACAAAGACCCUGUUUUGAGAGUUUUUGAUUCCAGGGUGGAUAAAAUCAGGCUGCUGAAUGUCAGGACGCCGACUCUGCGCACAUCUAUGUAUCAGAAAUGCACAACCAUUGAUGAGGCUGAGAAAUCUAUUGAAUUAAGGCUGGCAAAAAUAGAUCACACUGCAGUUCACCCACACUUGCUGGACAUGAAAAUCGGACAAGGAAAAUAUGAGCUUGGAUUUUUUCCUAAGCUUCAGUUUGACGUUUUAUCCACUGGCCCAGCAAGCAACAAGUGGACAAAGAGGAAUGCUCCUGCUCAGUGGAGGCGCAAGGACAGACAGAAGCAGCACACGGAGCACCUGCGUCUGGACAAUGACCAGAGAGAGAAAUACAUCCAGGAAGCCAGGAACCUGGGUAGCACCAUCCGGCAGCCCAAGCUCUCUAACCUCUCCCCAUCAGUAAUUGCACAAACAAACUGGAAGUUUGUAGAAGGCUUGUUGAAGGAAUGCAGAAAUAAGACUAAGAGGAUGUUGGUUGAGAAAAUGGGUCGAGAAGCUGUGGAGCUUGGUCAUGGUGAAGUAAAUAUCACAGGAGUGGAAGAGAACACCCUGAUUGCCAGUCUGUGUGACCUCUUGGAAAGAAUAUGGAGCCAUGGUCUGCAAGUCAAACAGGAUAGAAGCUGUACUGCUUUCGUCUUAGAAGACAGAGCAUCAGUUUACUCUGCUUCAACCCAGGUUUGGGCCUUUCAGAGCAGCAGACGGCCAACCCUUCAUAAGGGAAAGUCUGCUUUGUGGUCUCAUCUGUUACAUUACCUAGAGAACAGGCAAAGAAGAACCACAUCAGGCAGCUUCAGUACCUCAGGAAUACUUCUUGAUUCAGAAAGACGAAAGUCUGAUACAAGUCCAGCCAUGUCACCUCUCAGAAUCUCUCUCAUCCAGGAUAUGAGGCAUAUUCAGAACAUAAGUGAGAUCAAAACAGAUGUUGGCAAGGCCAGAGCCUGGGUUCGCCUCUCUAUGGAGAAGAAGUUGCUCUCCAGGCAUCUGAAACAGUUGCUUUCAGAUCAUGAACUCACAAAGAAGCUCUACAAGCGUUAUGCGUUCCUCCGCUGCGAUGAUGAGAAGGAGCAAUUCCUGUAUCAUCUCCUGUCAUUCAAUGCUGUGGAUUACUUCUGCUUCACCAACGUUUUCACAACAAUCUUGAUACCAUACCAUAUCUUGAUUGUUCCCAGCAAGAAACUCGGUGGCUCAAUGUUCACAGCCAAUCCUUGGAUCUGUAUUUCGGGAGAGCUGGGUGAAACAGGAGUCCUGCAGAUUCCCAGGAACAUACUGGAAAUGACUUUUGAGUGCCAGAACCUGGGAAAACUGACCACAGUGCAAAUAGGACAUGAUAAUUCAGGGCUGUAUGCCAAGUGGCUUGUGGAAUAUGUUAUGGUCAGAAAUGAAAUAACAGGGCAUACUUACAAGUUUCCCUGUGGAAGGUGGCUUGGGAAGGGAAUGGAUGAUGGCAGCUUGGAGAGGAUCCUGGUGGGAGAGCUGCUGACGUCCCACACGGAGGCUGAUGAGCGGCAGUGCCGGACCCCUCCCCUGCAGCAGUCUCCAAGCAUGAUCAGGAGAUUUGUCACUAUCUCACCAAACAAUAAGCCAAAGUUAAAUACUGGUCAGAUACAAGAAGCUAUUGGUGAAGCUGUUAAUGGCAUUGUCAAGCAUUUCCACAAACCAGAGAAGGAGAGAGGCAGCCUGACCCUGCUGCUGUGUGGAGAAAGUGGACUUGUUUCAGCUCUGGAGCAAGUGUUCCAGCACGGAUUUAAAUCACCAAGACUCUUCAAGAACGUCUUCAUUUGGGACUUUUUAGAAAAAGCACAAACAUACUAUGAGACCCUUGAGCAGAAUGAGAUGGUCCCAGAGGAGAACUGGCAGACAAGGGCCAGGAAUUUCUGUCGCUUUAUCACUGCUAUCAACAACACCCCCAGGAACAUUGGGAAGGAUGGCAAAUUUCAGAUGCUGGUGUGUCUUGGAGCCAGAGACCACCUUCUGCACCACUGGAUUGCCCUGCUUGCAGACUGCCCCAUUACAGCCCAGAUGUAUGAGGACAUAGCCCUGAUUAAGGAUCACACGCUGGUGAAUUCUUUGAUUCGGGUGCUGCAGACCCUGCAGGAGUUCAACAUCACCCUGGAGGCAUCUCUUGUCAAAGGCAUCGACAUCUGACCUCCUGUCCCACAGGAAAAACUGUCUUUACAAACACAACAAAAAGCAACAAGGAGUGAAUCUCGUUAGUAUGCAAAAGUUCUGUCUUGCCAGUACAUUGUAUCGUGAACUUGUUCAUGGCCCAGAAAUGCAACUUUGACUUUUCUUGAAGGAAACUCCAGAAAUAGUACAGGCAAAUGGAUAGAAGCUGUAAACUCAAUGUAAAAAAGAGGAUUUUGGUAUAAAUCUAUUUUAGAGUUUAUUUGCUGAUUUGCUUUUUACACACUUUCAUGUGAAAGAGAUAGAGAUGAGUAUUGUGCAGCUUAUUUUAAAGCUGCAGUAUUUCCUUGCCAUAGAAAAUGUGCAGUGAGCCUUUCAGCAUUCUGUGAACUUGCCUUCAGAUAUGCUGUAUGUCAUAGAACCCAGUGUAUACACUCCAUUUCGGCUGAGAAGGUCAUUCUAUAGUUUUUAAACUAAUAUUUUAUAUAUUAACAUUAUUACCAAUGUUUGAUUUUUAAGGUGUUGGGUCAUGUUCUGCUGCAAGGGAACUACAGAUCUGAUCUGUGCUUUUAAUAGCUCCAAAGCACUGAUUUGUCAACAAUUAUUUUUUUCCUUUAUUUUUGUUGUCAGUAUUAUUUCUAGUGAAAUCCAGGAGACUGAACCUUGAAAUGUCCAGAGAUCAAAGUAAUAUUUUUCAUAUUGGUACGUAAUUGCACAGAAGAAGAAAUUAAGUCUGUUUUUAACUGAUGUUUUUUAUUUAUUUAACCUAUCAUUGUGUUUUGUAAGUUUGUCUUUAAAAAAAAAAUCUUCUAUGAUACAACUGGCUAUAUUAUGUUGCAAUUCAGAAUUUACAGUGUAGCCCACUUAAAUGAAAAACCUGGAAUAAUUGUUCAUAACACAAGAACAUUUCCACUUAAAACCAGCCUUUUGAAGCUUGGUAUAUGGUUGCUGCUGGUAAUUCUCUUAACUGCUAAUAAAGAGGGACAUGAGUUCCCCAGAUGCCAGAUGACUAAAUAAAAAUCUUUAUGCCCCAUCUGAAGUAAUAACAGUAUACCUUACUAACAAGUAUAAGGAUUUCUCAAUGUUUCUGAAAGGACAGUGGUAUUAAGGUUUUUUCUUUUCCUUUUGAGUGCAUAUGUCUUGGAUCCUGUUGUCACAGUCUGCUUCAUUUGGGAUGCUUUUGUUUUUAGCAAAGAAAGUUUAGGCCAUUUCUGCUAUGAAACACAAACUUUUUGAAAGCUUAAUUUAUUGGAGAUCUGGAACUUGGCAAAUGCCUAAAGGCAUCUCUGUUCAUUUGAAUCCUCUGAUAAAAAUCUCUUUGAAAUGAAUAUGUGACUUAAGAACAGGCUGAUUUAUCAGCAUCACAAAUUACUGUACGGAAGUUCAGGGCUGUGUAUUUAAGAGGUCUCCACUGUAUAAACUUAUCUCAGUAUUGUCUCUCUUUGGAGAAGCAGAGUCCAAGUUUUUUGGUUCAUACAAUGUUGUAGCACUUUUAUUUUACCUACAGCUUAGUCACAUCUUGUGAUAGUUUUAUUUCCAUAAUUUAUGAGUAUAGCACAUGUAUUAAAAUUUUGACUAUUUUUAAUUUUGUCCUAUUUAUUUCAUUCAUUAUUAAACUGAGAAGUUCCUUUGUCACUACUUAUCAGAGCAAGAUUCUUCUUUGAUUUCACAGUAGCAUUAGGAAAAUGUGAGCGCAGUGUCUGAGCCACUCCUCACGUGGGGUGGGUGCAAAUUCUUUCACAGCUUACAGGAGCAUUUCACAGGGGUAUUCUCUGUGUGUGCAGGGUUGGUUUUGUUGGUGUUUUUUAAAAUUUUUCUUCUUGCUUUGGAAGGGCAAGAAUAAAAAACAGUUUUACUGCAUUCUAAGAAUUUCAUGUAUUCAACUUAAUAUGUUAGGAUAGUCUUUUUACACCUACCCUGAAUUGUUUAUGCAUUAAUAAUAGCAAUUUUUUUGUUUUAUUUUGGGGGUUUUUUUUGUUAAUUUGUUUUCUUUUGUUGUUUUUGUUUCAGCUGUCUUGACAAUGACUUUACUAGGCCUGUGUAGUUCACAGGGAAUAUUAAGUAAGAAAGGAAGGUUCCAUAGUUUGACCUUAACACUUGAGCUGAUCCUGUUAAAACCAUAUAUCUCAUAGUAUUAAGGGUGGAAUAAUUUUACCUGCAUGGGGUAAUUACUCUGAACUAAGGUUCUUUUUUUAUCUCUUUUUUUUCCUUCCUCACACAGGUUUACCUAGUGUGAGACACGAUACCAUUGGCCCGAUGGCUGUUUUGGUGUGGAUUGUUUUGCCCUCAUUAGGACAGUUUGAGGUGGCUGGGAUUUGGUGGUUUGCCAGGGGUGAGCUCCUUGGCUGGCCCAUGGGGAUGGUGCAGCCCAUCAGUGAGUUCUGGCUGUCCAGUGCAAAGGGAAGACACAGAGAUCCUCUUCCACCUCUUUGGUUACUUUAUUCUUACAGCAAAAAUUAGUUUGAGACAGACCUUCCUCUUCCUCUCACAGGGGGCCCGUGCUUGAUCCUGUUGGGGUCCAAAGCACUUUCUGCUGUGCACUUCCAAGGCUGCAGGGAUUUGCUCCACUGAUGGAGCAGUGGAAGGUUCUGAGAUGCAGCAGAACUAAAGCUGGUUUUGUUAGCUCCAAAGGCAACCAAGGAAGAGCAAGAUAUUAAAUACAGCCUGUGCCAGGAUUUUGGGAAGAGAUUCCAUGUGUAAGAACAGCCCAGGCUGUAGGAGCAGCCACAAUCCCACCUCAAACCCACCCCCUUCUCUCAUGGCUGUUCUAGCAGCAGUCCCAGCGGAUAAGGUUAGGAUCCAGCUCCUGCCAUGCCGUUCUGCUGAACUUUAUGGGAGCAAACAGUGUAGUCAGCACCUUUUCAUCCAGAGCUUUGUAAAAUCCUUCUCCUUUUGUUCAGAGUAAUGCAGUUUUAACUUUUUUUCUUGUUACUUUUCCAAAAUAAAGGGGGCAGGUUUGGUAGGUACCGUUAGUGUGGCUGUGCUGUUCUGUUGUUCAGUGGGGAUUUUUUGGUAACAGUUAAUGAGAAAAGAUAAUCUUUUGAACAACACACAUUCAUUCUAAAGAGAGAAAUGCAGUGAUAAAAAAGUAAGUAGUUCAUCAUGCAGUAAAUACAUAGUGCUAAAUGUUCUGUUUACAGGCUCAUACCUGAUUUGAGAGGAAAAAUUAGGCUAUCACCUAUCAAUUAUUUAGCCUUAACCAAAGUUAAGGCUACAAUGAUACUUUAUACAAAAAGAAAAUGCGGAUUAACAGAGUUUGGUUUAAAUGUAAUUAAAUAGUGUGAUGGUCAGUUUAUACAAAAGGAAAAAAAAAGCCUUUACCUGCCAUAAACUUUAACCACCUGAUAUUCUGUGGUUGAAAACAUAUUCAUGACCUGGAGACUAUUCCACAGCUUUUUCCAUUACAAAGAGUAUUUUUCAAACUGUUCAAAUGGGACUUACUAGCUGGAUGACCCAUACUUUUUAUGUGUUUUAAAUUCAUGACUAUGUUAAGAUUUCUGCAGUGAAACGAUUCAGAUUUAACGUUUUCUGUAUAUUGUCAAAUGAUUUUUGUCCGUAGUGAAGAGACUAUAGGAUACUUGAAAAUACUUGAAGAAAUUGUACACGUACUUCACAUCUUUGUAGCUCUUUAUUUUAUACCUAGAGAUUGGCUGUUAAACUAAGAUAAAGCAUCAGUACCUUAUAAACUAUAUAUUUUACUACAUGGGGAAAUCACUGGCUUGUUGUUUUUAAGGGCCGUGUUGAAGUUUACAUUAUAAUGACAAAACCAGGUACUGUUUUCCUUUUUUUUAAUUUUUCCUGUGACAUUUCAAUCCAUUGGACAUUAAAUGUGAAUUGGAUAUACAAA